CGCGACGGGAGCGAACGUGAAACCGGUGGGGACACAGGCCUGUGACUGGUUCUAUAACUGUCGCAUUUAUGGAUUUAACAUAAAGGUUUGGAGUUUCAAGAGAGCAUGGAGCAGACUGACUGUCAGGGAGAACGAGACCCCUCCCUUGUCCUGCCUGAGCCCAGCUCGGUGCCCACUGUGUCAUCAGACGCUAUCAGUGAUGGUAAUCUACUGGAGUUAAAAGGAGUGGAGGAUGAUUUUGCUUCAGGGGACGGUGACAGUGAACAGGACAGUGUGUUGGACAGCAGUGGUACCAACAAGGUGGAGCAAAGGCUGGAACUUCACACACCAGAUCAGGAAGAAAAGCAUAGAGAGGAUGGACAGGGGGAUGGCAACACCAGCUGUGACAGUGGAACAUCAUCUAUGGAUGAUUCCAGGACUCCGACAGUACCUCCCAAUGGACUUGAAGAGCCAUUGCCUGUUGUUUUGGAUAGUACACAAGAGGUUUUGCCCGAAAGUACUCAAAAGGAGCCAAAUGAACUCUCUUCUAAUGUCCCAAAAGAUGUAACUCUGAAAGGCGUAGGAGAGUCUUCACCCUGCAAUUUGAACAACACAAGCCCAACAGAAGAUGCUGGUAAACUUGUAGCUUCAGUCACAAACUCUGAUGCAUCACAGGCUGAAGCUAAUCACGCAGACACUGUGUCCAGUACUUACCUGUAUGAUACAGAUUUCAGCAAGAAGCUGAUGUCGGAGAUCCAGCGCUCUGUGUCUCAGGAAUCUCUGCUGGAUGAACUGGUUUCAGAGCUGAACUGUCAGCUUCCAAAUGGCCUGGCAAAAAAUCAGGGCUCCGUGGUUGCUUUUGAAAAGUGUGUUCAGUACAAGUACUCUCAGCAAGAAAAGGCCAUCAAAAGGUUGUCGGAUGAGAAUAAGAAGCAUCAGGAGCUUAUUCUGGGCAUAUGUUCUGAAAAAGACAACAUGAGAGAGGAGCUUAAGAGGAGGAUAGAAACUGAGAAACAACAUCUUUGUACAGUUAAGAAGCUUGAAAGCAGGGUGGAGGAACUACUGAAGGAGCUGAAAGAAUCCAAUGAGAAACUGGUUCACCAGGACCAGGCUGCUAAAAAUGCUAUUCAGCAGAUGCAGAGGGAGAUGGCCUACCGCCUUGAGCAGGCCAACAAGAAAUGUGAGGAGGCGCGACAGGAGAAAGAGACGAUGGUUAUGAAGUAUGUUCGAGGCGAAAAGGAGGCAUUGGACCUACGCAGGGAUAAAGAACAGUUAGAGAGAAGGCUUAGAGAGGCUACCGCAGAGGUGGACAAACAGGCCAGGAGAGGGAACCAGUUUGCACAGGAGAAAGGACGGCUUCAGCAACUACAUGACAGCAAGGAGAAUGAAAUAAACAGGUUGUCUCGGGAGCUGGAAAAGCUUAAGGAUGAGAUCAACUCUCAUGUCAUCAAAGUCAAAUGGGCCCAGAACAAACUGAAGAGUGAGACGGAUGCUCAUAAGGAAACCAAAGACAAGCUUAAAGAAACUACUGCUAAGCUGACCCAAGCUAAAGAGGAGACAGAACAGAUCCGAAAGAAUUGCCAGGACAUGAUUCGCACAUAUCAGGAGUCAGAGGAAAUUAAGUCUAAUGAAUUAGAUGCAAAGCUACGGGAGACCAAAGGAGAGUUAGAGAAGCACAAGCAGGAACAGACAGACCAGAUGGAGAUGCAUCGAGCCAAGAUAAAGGAGCUUGAGGAUCUAAAAAAGAGCUUCAAAGAAGGCAUGGAUGAGCUUACCACCCUUAGAACCAAGGUAAAGUGCCUGGAAGAUGAAAGGCCACGGUGGGAGGACGAGCUGUGUAAAUACAGAGAGAUCAUUAACAGACAGAAGUCUGAGAUCCAAAAGCAACAGGAGAAGCUUGAAGACAUCCCAAGACUAGAGGAGCUGAAUCAGAGAAAUGAACAGGAUAUUACCUCUUUGAAGGAGGAAGUAGAGAGUCUGAAUUCGCAGAUUGCAGACCUGCAAAAGGAUGUGCAAGGUGGACGAGUGCGUGAGGCUGAACUCCUGACCUUUACAGAGAAACUGACCAGUAAGAAUGCUCAACUGCAGUCUGAGCGCAAUGGUCUGCAGAAUCAACUGGACAACGUGACCACAAGCUCCAGAGAGCUGCUGAACAGACUGGAGGAGACAGAGAGAGCUCUUACAGACAUGACGGCCAGGCUUAAGAGAGAGGAGCAGCAGAGGCAGGAUGAAGUUCAGGCGUUACAGACUGAAAGGUCUGAGUUGCAAGCAAAAACUGAGCAGUUGAAGACUCAAGUAGAGGAGCUAAGAGACGAGCUGGUGACACAGAAGAGAAAGCAAGCAGCCAACAUUAAGGAUCUGACCAAGCAGCUUACACAAGCACGUAAGAAGCUGGAGCAAGUGGAAAAUGGUGGCUGUGAUCGGGAGGGCAGCAGCAUGGGCAGUCGCUCCAGCUCCUCAGGCUCUUUGAAUGUCAGAGGCAGCAGUAUGGAUGAUCGAUCCCCCGAGAACCAGUCAGGUUCUUCCGUGGUGGUGGUGGACAGUUUUCCAGAGGUGGACAAAGCCGUGUUAGUGGAGCGCAUUGUGCGACUACAGAAAACCCAUGCACGCAAAAAUGAGAAAAUCGAAUUCUUGGAGGAUCACAUCAAACAGCUUGUGGAGGAGAUCAGGAAAAAGACAAAAAUUAUCCAGAGCUACGUGCUUAGGGAAGAGACUGGAGCACUCUCAUCUGAGGCAUCAGACUUUACCAAAGCCCACUUGAGUAGGAAAGGGGGCAUAAUGGCCUCUCUGUACACAUCACACCCAGCCGACAGUGCCCUCACUCUUGACCUCUCACUGGAGAUUAACCACAAGCUCCAAGCUGUGCUGGAGGACACACUGCUCAAGAACAUAACACUCAAGGAGAAUCUGCAGACUCUGGGAGUAGAGAUUGAGAGACUAAUUCAGCAGCAGAGGCCCGCUGAAUCCAGUGUGAGCAGGAAGUGACAGCAGUGCUGUCAGUCUACACGGGUCUUUAUACGACAUCACAAAUGUGAAACCAGUUUACAAGUGGUCAGGUGCUCUGGAGGACUGUGUGACAAGCAGAAGAAGGUGAAAGACAUAUCAACCACAAAGCAACUGGAGGACUUUUGCUCUUCUGCAUCUGCUUACCGUCAGGCUUUGCUCCUGUCUGACUGAAUAGCAGAUCCUCUCAAACUGUCCCGUGUAAGCUGCUCUGUGAAAUGUAGCUACCGUAUCUGCUCCUUGUGACUAGAGCCAGUUUCUAAAACCACGGCCGAAUUGCACUCUCUUCAACCCGGUAACUUGUACAUGUAAAUAGCCUGGAUGGUGAAUGAUGUAGUAACUGUGUGAAUGGGUGUUCAACAAUGGUACUUCUGUCUUUUCUUUAAACAAUGAAAGUGCUUGAUCCUAUAUAUAAAAACAAAUGAUAACUCAUGGGUAAUGAUGCAUUUUAAAAACAGCCGAAUGCUCUAGACCUGCUCCAGUUCUAUUAUCUUCUGCAUACAGGCCACUGUUCUUUCUUUGACCCGUUAUGUAUAUGUGCCAGUUACUGAAUGUGUUACAUAAUGAGCAUACCCUAAUGCAUACCCUACGUCUUUCAGCUUGUGAAAGGUGACAUUUUUUGUCAUAAGGUGUCAAAAAGGCUAUGCCAAAAAUACACCCAAUGCACUUUGUCUAUAUUAAGUGUCACAUUACAUCUUAAUACAGAUUAAUCAUGACUACUGGGAUAAUUGCAAAUAUCUAGGGCAGGUCUUUAUUAUAUUUGUGUCUGGUCUAAGUUUAAAUUAAAUCAAUGUUGUUUUGUCUUGCUUGCUGAGAAGAAUUCAUUUGCCCUGCAGAGAAACUACCAGUAAUUACAUUGUAACACAGCCAUUUAUUUCUCUCCUUCAAUUUGGGUUUCUAUGUAUUAAGCUAUUUCGGGGCUUAUAAGGCAGUUCAAAUGGGCACGUGGAAUACCUGAUUACCUGAAGUACAGUGUAUGUUUUAAUGCAGUAAAAAGCAUUUGCAUAAAACUAUUAAAAGUAGAUGCAUGGGCAUUAUGAGGCGGAUGCUACAUUUAUGGUCGACUCUACUAAUCAGAUAUGAAUUUAAAUUUUAGUAUGGUCAUCCAGAGAUGCAAUUGACAAGUGUAAAAUUCACAUAUAAAAUAUUAUUGUUAUGAGUAUAAUCUUGGUACAAAACAUCUACAAUUAGGGUUUGUGAUUCCAUAAACAGCUAUUAGGAACAUUUUGAGAAUCUGACAUGACCUACUUAGUGAGAAAAUAGUACAGCACUAUUAUAAAGUGCAUGACUGGUAAUAAUGAAGGAAUCAGAUUUUCUUUAUAUAAGCUUGCCAGUUGUGUUAAAUAUCGGUAAGUGGUAUUUGUCAGUAACAUGCCAAACAUCCAACCACUAAAGAAAUGGUAAAUAACACACCUGGUGUGUUGAGGUAUAAAAAUAGUGCAGUACAGUUAUGCUGAGUAUAAUGUAUCCAACACUUGUGUGGAUGUGCUUUGUACAGACUAGAGGAUUGUACUAUUGCAGAACAGGAGCUUUUGGGCAGGUCAGACAGCCAGUUAAUGCUACACUAUGCUGGUAGAUCAAAAAUGUUUCUAAAUUUCAGAAAUAGCUCAAUACAGAUGUUUUGGCAAUAUAUAUUAAACUAUAAAAUUAUGAUUGGCCUUUUAUGAAUAUUGGCAUUUGGCAUCAGUUAAAAACGCACUGUUGCAAUUGACUAAUAAAAACAUGUUGACACAGUGUAUCUGCCAAUGGAUGGCACUACCCACAAUUCAUCUUUAAACUGUUGUCUUUAAACUAUUGCACUGUGCUGGUAAAUCUUAGUUUCUUAUUGAUGUGGAAACAUCUCCACCAAUAAACACAGCCAACCAGCAAAGUUGUGGCUUUAAGUUUGGAUAUGGGUGCACUGGACUUGAGCAGUCACCAGUAGAGUCAGACCUCUAUUACACAUAUCCCAGUCCCAUCCAGGUCAGGGUGUGAUCCCUGGAGCAAGUGUCCCAUUUAAGGACUUCUAAAGGAUGUUUUUGUGGCAUAUAAUUCCUCUGGUAAAAUCAAACCAGACUAAAUACUUUAUUCUGGUUCUGACUGCCUGGGUAGUUCUUGGCCAGUAGAUCUCUGCUUUUUCUUUUUAAUAGAAAAGAAUAGCUCAUUGCUGCGUAUUGCAAGCUUCUCCAAGGUAAAAUAUGAAGGAUAUAUUAUUAUUGGUGUACUGUGGUGGUGUACACAGGGACCAUCUUAUUUAUUGUCUUGUCAGUCAUUACCAGGUAUUAAGCCUGAAUGUAUGAAAUGAAGACUUUUGCCCUUAAGCUGCAAAGAUGGUUUAAUACCUGCGUAUGACACACUCCAUUUUCCCAAACACAUCCGAAAAAUCCCCUGCAAAGCAAGAUAAAAAUAUCUGUGCAGAGUAAACAGAAAUGUGCACGAGGCUGUGACCUCUAGGACAAACACUGUAAAUUCUGUCAAUAAUGUUAUGUUUAAUUAUUUAUUUUGUUUUCCUCUGAAUUUCUCUUGAAGUAUAAAAUGACAAAUUCUCUCUUGAAGUAUGUGUGUAUGUAAAUCAUAAGUGAUGAGAAAAAAAUCUUGGUUCUUUUUCUAUUCUGUCAUUUGUGCUUUGUUUAAUUAAGUAUUCGAACUAUGAUUAUAAACUUGUAGAUAAUGUCAUGUAAAAAGUGUAAUGUUUUUAAUCCCAAAAUCGUAAUUCCUGUCUGUACAUACGGUGCACAUAAGGAAUUAAAGGAUGUCGGUGUC